GUUAUUACAGUUUACAGAAGGACUAAGCACCAAACAUGGCAACCCAAGCCAAAAGCCCUUCUCUUUGUUAUUCUCAUAAACUUCAAUGCUUUCUUCACAAUCCUGUUCCUGCAUCACUCUCACUUGUUGGCAAUGGCAAGGCUCACAAGAAGGCUCCCAAAUUUAGUUGCAGAUCCAACGGCAACGAUGAUUAUUACAUAGAUGCUCCUGUUGAAGUGGGUGAUGGCUUUAGUUUCAGUGGAGGAAAGUAUUCGGAUGGGCCAAGUCCUUCUGAUGAAUGGUUUAAGCAAGGGAAGAUAGUGAAAGCUUAUGCUGCUUUUGGUUCCGGUGAGAAGGCAAAAGACCCCAUUUUUGGACUUGCAAUGGGUGCUGAUUCUCAGGCCUCCACUGAUAUUUUCAGAUGGUUUUGCGUUGAAUCCGGAAGUGCUGAUAACCCUUCAGUUAUAUUAAUUCAUGGUUUCCCUUCUCAGGCAUACUCUUACCGCAAAGUUCUUCCCAUGCUUUCUAAAGACUAUCACGCAAUUGCUUUUGAUUGGCUGGGCUUUGGAUUUUCAGAUAAGCCUCAACCCAAAUAUGGUUUUGACUACACUCUGAAUGAGUUUGUAUCAUCCUUGGAGUCAUUUAUUAAGGAAGUUGCUGUUAACAAGGUCACACUCGUUGUCCAGGGAUACUUUGCUCCAGUUGCUGUUAAAUAUGCUAGCAGCCAUCAGGAAAAGAUUGACAACAUAAUACUCUUAAACCCUCCUCUUACAGCGAAGCAUGCCAACCUUCCAUCAACCUUGUCCAUAUUCAGCAACUUUUUGUUAGGGGAAAUAUUUUCUCAGGAUCCUCUAAGGGCUAGUGAUAAAGCCUUGACGAGUUGCGGACCUUAUAAAAUGAAAGAGGAUGAUGCAAUGGUUUAUAGAAAUCCUUACCUCACAUCUGGGGCAUCUGGGUUUGCAUUAAAUGCAAUUAGCAGGGCCAUGAAGAAAGAUUUGAAGAAAUAUGUGGAAGAAAUGAGGACUACACUAUCAGAUGAAAAUUGGAAAAUUCCAACUACAGUAUGUUGGGGUAAAAGAGACCGCUGGUUGAGUUACGAUGGAGUCGAAGAAUUUUGCAAGGAUUCGAAGCAUAAGCUUAUUGAAAUUCCUAUGGCAGGCCAUCAUGUGCAGGAAGAUCGUGGCGAAGAACUUGGAGAAGUCAUUAAGGGGGUUAUAAGAAGAACCCGCUUAAAUUUGUGAUACUUCUGUGAUAGCAUAUUUUUAUUUUUAUUUUUCUUGACUCAGCCAAAUUGAGAGAACUAAUUUAUUCAUAAAAAUAUGUGAAUGUACAAUACGACAAGAAAGACGGUAAAUUCUGUUCUCAUUUC